AAACCCGAUAGUGCCACCAGACCCGUAAAAUUUUUUCACUGAUUAAUUCAACUCUCUGGUUUUGCCACUAUGCAAGAACAAGAAGCUUCAUAGAAUGCAGCAAGCACUAGCAAUUCACUCACUUCAAUGCUUCUCAACGACCAAUUUCCAUCGAAAACAUCACUAUUUUGACCAUUUAAGAAGAAAUAAACAAUACCCUUUUCCCCAUUUAACCUCUUUUUCAGUUUCCAAAGAGGUGAAAGUUUCUGCUAGCAGCAAACAGAAACCCCCAGAAGUAGAAUCUGUGAUCGGAGAUGAUGAAGAUGGGUUGUUACUAGAAAAGGUUAUUGUUGUUGAUGAUGGAGGGGAUUUGGGGUGGUUACCUGCCUUUCCUCAUGUUUUGAUUGCUUCAAUGGCCAAUUUCCUAUUUGGUUAUCACAUUGGAGUAAUGAAUGGUCCUAUAGUGUCGAUUGCCAAAGAGCUUGGGUUUGAGGGAAAUUCAUUUCUUGAAGGACUUGUGGUAAGCAUAUUUAUUGGUGGUGCAUUCAUAGGAAGCAUAACCUGUGGUUCCCUUGUUGAUAAACUUGGUUGUUGUCGCACUAUUCAAUUUGACACAGUACCACUUAUUCUUGGGGCAAUUGUAAGUGCACAAGCUCAGUCCAUUGAAGAAAUGAUCUUGGGAAGAUUCCUUGUUGGCCUUGGAAUUGGUGUUAAUACAGUACUAGUUCCAAUUUAUAUUUCUGAGAUUGCUCCAACUAAAUAUAGGGGCUCCCUGGGGACGUUAUGCCAAAUUGGUACAUGCAUUGGUAUUAUUGCAUCACUUUAUCUGGCAAUUCCUUCGGAAAAUGAUCCCCACUGGUGGAGGACAAUGCUCUAUAUUGCUAGUGUUCCAGGAUUUAUUCUAGCUCUUGGUAUGCAAUUUUCCGUUGAGAGCCCUCGCUGGCUAUGCAAGGCUGGGAGACUCGAUGAGGCAAAAAAAGUCAUCAAUAACUUAUGGGGUUCAUCAGAAGUAGAUAAAGCUAUCAAAGAAUUUGAGUCUGUCCUAAAGAAUGAUGGGGAUGACUUGAACAGCAGUUGGCUGGAGCUCCUAGAGGAACCACACUCGAGAGUUGCUACCAUUGGAGGUGCCUUGUUUGUACUUCAACAGCUUGCUGGUAUAAAUGGAGUUCUCUACUUUUCAUCCUUGACUUUCAAAGAUGUUGGGAUCUCAAGCAGCGCUUUAGCAAGCUUAUAUGUGGGACUGACCAACUUUGCAGGUGCACUAUGUGCUUUAUACUUGAUGGAUAAGCAGGGGAGGCAGAGACUUCUAAUUGGAAGCUACGCUGGAAUGGCUUUAUCAAUGUUUCUGAUUGUCUAUGCUAUCAGCUUUCCAAUGGACAAUGAAAUAAGCAACAACUUAUCAAUACUGGGAACACUCUUGUAUGCAUCAAUGCAAAAAUCCUCGAGAAUACUAUUUGAAUUUUCCCUGUGUUCUCUCUUUAACAUUUCACUCUGCUAUAGGUAUAUAUUCACCUUUGCUGUUGGAGCUGGGCCAGUAACUGGUCUUAUAAUACCAGAGCUCAGCAGCAGCAGGACACGGGGGAAGAUAAUGGCCUUUAGUUUCUCCGUUCAUUGGGUCUUCAACUUCUUGGUGGGUCUGUUUUUUCUAGAACUCGUUCAGAAAUUUGGUGUUGCUCCAGUUUAUGGAAGCUUCGGUGCUGUUUCAUUGUUGGCAACAGCCUUUGCUUACUUCUUAAUAGUUGAGACUAAAGGUCGAUCCCUUGAAGAGAUUGAAAUGUCACUAAAUCCCAAAUUUCAGGGCAAACGUAAUUCAGAAUAAUCUCAUCUCAUGGUUCAUAUUGAAGAAAAAUUGGAGAUUCUGGAGAAACUGCAGGGGCUUGUGGAACAAAAAGUCGAACAACAUGCAUAGCACUACUCUAUGCGCGAUUUUAUUUCAUUUUAUACUAGUAGUUAAAGCAACAUUGUAAAUUAAAGUUUGAUAUCACUCUUGUAUGUUUGUUCUGCAAACUCAAAAUGGUCAUUUUUCUUCUUCCAAGGGCAUUGUACAUGAUGUUUAGGUUCUCUGUAAAUUGUUGGCACCAUUUUCAGCUUCAAACAAAGAGAGUAUAUUCUUCAGAGCAAUUGUUUGAAUUGCCAAAAGACA